AUAGUUACAAUGGCAACCUACCAACAUCAAGGGAGAGACAAUUCAUCCCGUCACAGUGACAGAAGCGACAAUCAAGGGAGAUACAAGCUAUCAGUGAGUGGUCCAAGUUUUCACAUAGAGUUCACGUUCAAUCCACCAAUACAAUCCUCGGUGUUGGUUACAGAUCACCAAGGGAGACAGACAAAGAUCGUGGUGGAUGUUAAGGAAGUAGAUACAUCAGAGCUGCCAAUGGGUGUGCAGACUACGGAUCAUCAUGAUGGAAACAGCGAUGUGGGGUCGGACAGACCUGAUGAGGAAAUGACAGAAAUUGGAUCACUGCGAUCUGAUGAAGGCUUGGAUCGGAGAGAAGUGCAUUGUACAACCUGUACAUGCGCAGUAAGCGUCAGACCUCGUCGAUCUCUCUCUAUCUUUGCACCCUGCAUGCCAGAGGAGUGAUGUGCUGCAGCUAACCAAAGGGGCGGAUCCAGGAUUUUCCA